UCGGUCUCCACACCAGCUGCGGCAUUUUCUUUCAAAAAAAAAAAGAAAAUUCCAAAAAUGGCAACACAACAAGUGAUUGUGGUUGCCUUGAUGUUCUUCUUCGCAGCCGUGGCGAUCGCCGAAGAGCCGAGCAUUCCCGCCGCCGCAGUCGACAUCGCCCCUGCCACUGCCGCAGCUGGGUUGGACCCCAACUCAGUGAUCGGCGCCCUCAGUGGGGCAGCCGCUGACGCUGCCCCCAUCGGAGGCCCGGUUCCCCAAGGAGUCUUCAAGAGCCUCCCACCAUCGGCAGCUGGCGGCUCGCCUACCGCGGGUGCUGCAGCAGUCGGAACCAACGCUGCGGCGGCUGUGGUGGUGGCCGCCGGCGCUGGCAUUGUUGGGUCAUUUUACUUCUUGUAACUUAAUAAUAACAAAUUAAUACAAGGAAAAAAUUACUCAUUAACUUACAAUUUUAUAUUAUUUUCUAUUUUCCAUUUAUGUUAUUUCGGUUGCAAGCUAAGAACUCACUCAUAUGUAUUUGAUACUUAUGUUUGUGAGCCAUUUUUCAACCAUAUAAAAUAAAAAGAGCCGUUAAUUUCAUA